AUGAACAAGAACAAUGCUCUCGCUUAUGGAGGGACUAGCUGUGUACAAUGCGCAACUUCUAAAGACUGCAAAGAAUGUGAAGAUGAUUGUGAGGAUUGUGUUGAAGCUUAUUCUGGUAUUGUCUGUAGCAAACAAACAUGCACAAAAUGUGUCCAAAAGAACUGUUAUGAAACAGAGGAAUGUAAAAAAUGUUAUCAAUUUGGAGAACAAUGUCGUGAGUGUGGACCUAAAUGUCAAAAAUGUGAAGAACAAUGCGAGCCGUGUUUCUAA